UCGUUUGUAGUCCUGGCAAAAACCCUAGCUGUGCAUUCCGGCAGUGCCGCUCUUUCCCAGCAGCCAUGGCCGCUGCAGCUCGCCCUCUCGUCACUGUCCAAUCUCUCGAGGGUGACAUGGCCACUGAUACUGCUCCAACUAUUCCUCUUCCUGAUGUCAUGAAGGCUCCCAUUCGCCCAGACGUCGUCAACUUCGUUCAUGCCAAUAUUUCCAAGAACAGUCGCCAACCCUAUGCCGUCAGCAAGCGUGCCGGCCACCAGACCUCUGCCGAAUCAUGGGGUACUGGCCGUGCCGUGUCUCGUAUCCCCCGUGUCCCUGGUGGCGGUACCCACCGUGCCGGUCAGGGUGCUUUUGGUAAUAUGUGUCGUGGUGGUCGUAUGUUCGCUCCUACCAAGAUUUGGCGCCGUUGGCACCGUAAGAUCAAUGUCAAUCAGAAGCGUUACGCCGUUGUUUCGGCCAUUGCUGCCUCGGCAAUCCCAUCCAUUGUUUUGGCUCGUGGUCACAGAAUUGAGUCUGUGCCGGAAAUGCCUCUUGUGGUCGGCGACUCAGCUGAGUGUGUUGAGAAGACUAAGGAUGCUAUCAAGGUGCUGAAGCAGGUGGGCGCUUUUCCCGAUGCUGAGAAAGCGAAGGACAGCCACUCCAUCCGUCCUGGUAAGGGUAAAAUGAGAAAUCGCCGAUACAUCUCUCGCAAGGGACCUCUAAUUGUGUAUGGAACUGAGGGAGCCAAGGCUGUGAAAGCUUUUAGAAACAUCCCAGGGGUCGAGGUUGCUCAUGUCGAGAGGCUGAAUCUUCUUAAGUUAGCUCCUGGAGGUCAUCUGGGUAGGUUUGUUAUUUGGACUAAGUCUGCUUUUGAGAAGCUUGAUUCGAUUUAUGGGUCAUUCGACAAGCCUUCAGAGAAGAAGGUAGGUUACUUUCUUCCAAGGGCCAAGAUGGUUAAUAGUGACUUGGCUAGGAUUAUCAACUCCGAUGAGAUUCAAUCCGUUGUGAGACCCAUCAAGAAGGAAAUUAAGAGGGCACCACUCAAGAAGAACCCGCUAAAGAACCUGAAUGUUAUGUUGAAACUGAACCCAUAUGCUAAGACUGCUAAGAGGAUGGCUCUUCUUGCUGAGGCUCAACGGGUGAAAGCAAAGAAAGAGAAGCUUGAUAAGAAGAGGAGUUCUCUCUCUAAGGAGGAGGCUUCUGCUAUUAAGGCUGCAGGAAAAGCAUGGUAUCAAACCAUGGUGUCGGACUCUGAUUACGCAGAAUUUGAGAACUUUUCAAAGUGGUUGGGUGUUUCACAGUGAAGUCUUGUGCUAUAGAAUAGGGCGUAAUUUACAGUUUGUUUUAUUUUUAAUAUUUUAAUUAUAUAUGCAGUUUUGAGAUUGCAAUUACUAGUUACUUGCGGGAGUAAAACUUGAGUAACAGAGAACAUUUGUUAUGGUUUUUCCUGCCAACCUGUUUCUUUGUUAGGUUUUGGUGUGGUCACAGACGUUUGUCAUUAAUCUCAUGUAUGCAAUUUGGACACCAAUUUGGUUCCGAAAAGAUUGAUCUUGAAAUGAAAAUAUUCUGUUUUA